UGUAUAAAUUGACCCUAUAGUAUAAAAUGAACUCUCAUUAAAAACAACAAAACAUCAUAAAAACUACUGAUAUCAGAAAGACCUUAAGGAUAAUAUAAAUAGUCGAGUCCAGUUGAGUACAUUUGUACUUGAUUAGUGUGUUUUGAGCUAUUUACUUAUUUAAUGUAUUGAAAUAUACCGAGGAUGAAUCGAAAUGUAUCUAAAAGAACAGAGAACCACAAUGAAGAAAUUAGUGAGGACAAUACCAGCAGUGAAAGAAUAAAAAAUAAUAAAAAAAUAAGGUCGAAAUUGCCAGAGAAAGAAUUUGAAAUCAGAAGAUCUCUCUUGAUUGAAUUAAUUGAAGACAAUGUUCAUUUUAGCGGAGCUUACAAUAUUUUACUUUCGUUUACUGUUUUACACAUGACAGUAAUAAAUUUCACUGAAUACGUUCAUCACGGAAGGUUAUCACCAGCAUUGCAAUUAAUUCUUAAUAAUUUCGGACAAUUCCAGAUGACUUUUAUCAUAUGGUUAGGAAUUAAUAUAGGCUCAUUUUUGUGCUAUUACUUCUUUGUAUUUUGGACGAAAAUGAGACAAAAAGUGCCUUUCACCAAGUUUUUUGAUAUUUUAUGCAUGAUUUUACUGGUAAAAUAUUUCGGAUUUUUGCUCUACAUUAUACCUGUUCUUAUUAAUCUUCUGGAUGUGCCAUUUGCAUCUUCUAUGAUAAUUUUAGGCGAAUCAGUGAGAUUCCUAAUGAAGAUCUACGCUUUCGCCAGAGACAACACAGCCAAAGUUCUCAAGCAAAAAUCAGACGAAAAGGAUAAUAAACUACCGACAUUUUCGCAUUUUGUUUAUUUUGUUUACGCGCCUACGGCUGUGUAUAAGGAUCAAUAUCCAAGGCAAAUAAGCUCUUCAUUCUUUAAUUCUUCCUUAACUUUUCCAUUUUGCCCUGUUCCAAACCAAUCACAGACAACAAACGUAAGAUGGAACUUUGUGGUGGCUCGUUUAGCUGAAAUACUGUGGACUAUACUUUGCCAGGCGCACGUUUACACUUACAUGAUAGUCCCGAUGUACGAGGACACCUGCAAACAACCUGUUACUUUGAUCGAAUUCUUUAUUCUGCUGUUAAAAACUUGCAUACCCAGUACCGUAUUACUGUGGCUGACGUUUAUAUCUACCAUCCAUUCAACGCAGAACGCAGUAGGAGAAAUUCUAAGGUUCGGAGAUCGGAUGUUUUAUUCGGACUGGUGGAACGUGCAAAAUUUGCAACAGUAUUACAAAAAAUGGAACUGGGUGGUGGGCGACUUUUUGUACAUAUACAUCAACAAAGAUUUGAACGAUAACGUUUGUCCUGAUAAGAGAUUUUUUGCUAAAUUGACCACUAUAUUGAUAUCUGCUGUUCUUCACGAUUGGGUGGCAUCGAUAGCUUUGGGUUUCUACAGCCCCGUUACGUCCAUAGUAAUGAUACUUUCCAUAUGUAUGUUGAGCAAUGGUAAACCGAAGGAUAAUAAGUUUUACAAAUUCAUUACUUGGGUAUGUGUUCCAAUCGGAAUUAGCUUAAUUGCCACCAUGAUGUUUACCGAGCAUUUCGCAAGGCUAAAUUUACCUUCAAAUACGAACGGAACUUUCCAAUAUUGGAAACAUUGUAUUGUGUACAAAUCAUAAUUUCGUUCGAAUACUAUAAGUAAAUUAUGCGGUGAGAGCAAAAGAUAUUACUAAAUAAUAUUUACUGUAUGUGUUAUAAAUAAUUUUAUUGUUAAAUAAAUAUCUAUUUUAAUAACUAUGUA